AUGGAAGAUAUUUCUGCUCUCAGUGUAGAUAUGGGGAAGCAGCUGAAGUCAAAGAAUGACGGCUUGGUCAUGACAGAUGUGCAGCCCAUCCAGGGUUCAUUGAAUUUCAAUCCUGAUGCUGCUGAUUCUAUUCCAGGAGAAGGACAACCUACAGAUAUAAAUUGGGUAAAUAAAGAUAGGAAAGACUCCAACAGUGUUCAGAACAGAAGUAAGUUACCAUUUCCUAGUCUGUCCUCUGAAAGAGGUAGAGAUUAUGAAAGCUCUUCCACAAAGCAUCAUGGCUUUUGUAAUCCAGACAGUCAGUAUGGGAAUUCUGAAGACUUCCACCAGUAUUUUAGUACCAGUAAAAGUUUGAAGAAUCGUAACUUGCAAAGCCAGAGAUGGCACAGAUCAAGAAAUGAUAGCGCACAUGCUAGAAGUAAGAUAAGGCAAACUACUGCCGAUGCUGCUGCAGGUGCAGGAAUUACAGAUGCUGCAGUAGUACCUGGGAGAAGAGCACCUCCUAGAGGGUACAAUGACUUUCUCUCCUCAGAGAGUGACAGAGAGGUACCUAAUGCAGAUAGCAGAGGAGCAAAGCCAAAGAAAACACAUCUAAUGCAUGCAUCUGGAAGAGGUUUCAGGGAGAAGGGAAAGCAAGUACAUGACCGGGAAAAGAGAGUGAGCUCUAAACAGAAAGUGGAGCUGUUUGAAAAUGUUCCACCUUUGGAUUUGACUCAGUCUGACUCUUCAGAAUCAUCUGUUGGAAAGGCAUUCUGUGAUGCACCUGUUGGUAGUGCGGAUGAGCAGAAAGGCUACAAUUACGUAAACAAAAGAUAUCCCCGGAAGCCUGUGUGGAAUAAACCCCCAGUAGAAAAGGAGUGUCAGAAAAGACAUGAUUCUCACCGUAGUAAAAAUACAAGAGUAGGUAAGAAGUCUUCUCUUGCAUAUGCUCCAAAAGAUAAAAAUGAGAGGAAGAAAGAAAUCUCUGAUCACAAGAAUGAGGAAAACUUGACCAGUGAAAUCAGGCAUCAGUUGUCUGAUUCUGUCAGAUGUAAUGGAAGAAAGUUCCUGCUAAAGGGGGAUCAGGCACCUGCCCUUCAUUUCAGCUGGACCCAAUACUGGAAAAAGCAAAGUGAUGUACCAAAAAACAAAGAAACUCAUACAGGGUCACUGAUUGAACAGUUGACCACAGAGAAGUACGAGUGCAUGGUAUGCUGUGAGGUGGUCCGAAUAGUAGCCCCAGUGUGGAGCUGUCAGAAUUGUUACCAUGUUUUCCAUCUGAAUUGCAUUAAGAAGUGGGCACGAUCACCAGCUUCACAGGCUGAAGAUGGUAAUAGUGGUUGGAGAUGUCCAGCUUGUCAGAAUGCUUCUACGCAAGUUCCUAAAACUUACACUUGUUUCUGUGGUAAGGUACACAAUCCUGAAUGGAAUAGAAAUGAAAUCCCACAUAGCUGUGGGGAACUUUGUGGGAAGAAGAGACAGUGUUUGGACUGUCCACAUCUUUGUAACAUCCUGUGCCAUCCAGGACCUUGCCCUUCGUGCCCAGCCUUUGUGACAAAAACAUGUGAAUGUGGACAAACAAGUCAUUCAGUUCGCUGUGGGCAAUCAACAAAAAUUCAUUGUUCUAAUGUAUGUGGAAAUACUUUAAACUGUGGUAAGCACAGCUGUACUCAAGUGUGCCAUGCAGGAAAAUGUUCACCUUGCCAGUUAACAGUACAGCAAGUGUGUUACUGUGGAAGCAACUUUAAAGAAGUAUUGUGUGGGACAAAGGAAGAAUUCUCUGAUGGAUUUGGAAAUUUCUCAUGUCAGAAUAUAUGUGGCAAAAAAUUAAAUUGUGGGAGGCACAACUGUACCCAGGUAUGCCAUCCUCAGCCUUGCCAGCUCUGUCCACGACUUCCGCAAGUAGUUCAUCGCUGUCCUUGUGGUCAGACUCCUCUCAGCAAGUUACUGGAACUAGGAUGUGUUGAACGUAAAAUAUGCACAGACCCUAUACCAUCAUGUGGAAAAACAUGCGGCAAACCUCUUUCUUGUGGUAGCUAUGAGUUCGUUCACACCUGUGAAAGCCUUUGCCAUGAAGGAGACUGUAGACCAUGUUCUCACACAUCAAAUAUUUAUUGUAGAUGUGGCUUCAAAAAAAAGGAAGUCCCAUGUGCUCUCCUCAGAAAUAAAGCUGCUAUUACAUUCAUGUGUGACAAGCGAUGCAACAAGAAAAGAUCAUGUGGACGACACAAGUGUAAUGAAGUUUGCUGUGUGGACACAGAACAUAAGUGUUCUUUGGUUUGUGGUCGUAAACUCAACUGUGGGCUUCAUAGGUGUGAAGAACCCUGUCAUCGGGGCAGUUGUCAAACAUGCUGGCAAACAAGUUUUGACGAGUUAACUUGUUACUGUGGUGAAUCUGUGAUUUACCCCCCUGUCCCCUGUGGCACUCAGCCACCAGAAUGUAAAAAGACAUGCACCAGGCCACAUGACUGUGAUCAUCCAGUGUACCAUUCCUGUCACAGUGAGGAGAAAUGUCCACCCUGUACUUAUCUCACUCAGAAAUGGUGUAUGGGCAAACACGAACUGCGAAGUAAUAUUCCUUGUCAUCUCACUGACAUUUCCUGUGGACUUCGCUGCAAUCAAAUGUUAAAAUGUGGAAUGCACAAAUGUAAAAGAAUCUGUCAUAAAGGAGAAUGUCUUAUAGAUGAAGAGUGUAAACAGCCAUGUACUAUUCCAAGGCUAUAUUGUAAUCAUCCCUGUAUGGCUCCGUGUCAUCCUUCUUCACCCUGUCCAACAACAUCCUGCUGCGCAAAGGUUGAUCUUCAAUGUGAAUGUGGAAGAAGAAAGGAGAGUAUGAUUUGCUCAGAAGCAUCUAAUACAUAUCAAAGAAUAGCUGCUAUAUCUAUAGCCACUAAGUUAACAGAUCUACAGCUUGGAGAUUCAGUGGAAAUCAGUAGGCUUAUUACAAAAAAAGAAAUGAAGCAGGCCAGAUUGCAAUGUGAUGAAGAAUGCUUAGCUCUUCAGAGGAACAGGCGUCUUGCUGAGGCUCUUGAAAUAGAUGAUAAUUCUGAUCCUUUUAACAUCCGUUCUUCUGGACCAAAGUACAGUGACCUUUUAAAAGAAGAUGCAAAGAAGGAUUUAAAAUUUGUCAGUGACAUUGAGAAGGAGAUGAGGAUGCUUGUGGAAGCUGUGAAUAAGGGCAAACAUACAAAGAAGAGCCAUUGCUACCCACCAAUGAACAGAGAUCACCGCAGAAUCAUCCAUGAAUUAGCUCAGGUUUAUGGCAUUGAAAGUGUGAGCUAUGACAACGAACCAAAGCGUAAUGUUGUUAUCACUGCAGUGAAAGGAAAAUCCAUUUGUCCAAGCAAUACCUUAACUUCUGUGCUGGAUAAAGAAAUGCAGAGCCGGCCUCCACCUCCUAUUCCUCAUUACAAACAAACAGAUAAGAGUAGUGGAAACAGUGGUUUAUCCAAGCCAGUAAAGGAAGAGCCAGUAAUUGACUACUUUGAUGUCCAGGACUGAAGUUGAUUGGUGUAGAAUUAUGAUAUAGAAGCUUAGAGGUGAAGACACUAAAUUAUUGUGUGAGGCGCUUUUUUGUUAUCUGUCAAAUGAUCAGUUGUUCAGCAUAUUCAUGAUUUAACAUCUAAAGUUAGAUUGAUUGUGAUACUUCAAAAAGUUAUGCAUUUUUACAGUUCAUGUAACUGCAUAACACCUAACAGUAGUAUAGCUUUUUAAACCUGGAUUUGGUGCAAUUUUUUAUCUAAUGUGUUGUCAGAAUGAUGUAGAUUUCCAUUGAUGCCUUUAAAGUGAGAGAAUUGGUUAUCAAAUAUAUUUUUGGAGGUAGUAGGAACAAUGAUAAAUCUCAGAGAUUUAUUUUGACAUAUCUCAUGCAAUUUAAAAUGGACCAGAAAUAAUCUGUGCUAAAAACACUGAUGGGAUUAUUCUUGAAGUGUUUUUAUAUUUUUAUUAAUUCACUUUUGUGUUAAUGUGGUAAACCUGGGUAUGAGUUAUUCCUCUACAUGGAAGGAAGUGAAAAAUUUAGUCUGAAGUAUAGAUAUAUACAUUUCAGUGCCUGUUAAUUGCACAGGCGUCUUUUGAUUUGGGAGAGGUGGGGAAUUAAGACAUACUUUGCUUUAUUUCAAAUUUGAUGUGUAAAAAAAAAAAAAUAAAUCGCACAAAAAAACCCACAAAACAAAAAAACACACAAAAAAACCACAAAACCAAAAAAAACCCCAAAAAAUCAACACAAGAAAUUUAUUAAUACUUUGUUAUUCAAGACCUUGAAUAAAAUCAUACUUUAUAUAUUA